AUGAAUUCGAAGCGAAAAUAAAUCAAAUUGGAAUCAGAAAACAAAAUUAAACAAGAAGAGUACUCUAAUGAUGAGGAUUCCUUUAAUGAAUCUAAUGAUGAAGACCUAAAGAGUAGUGGAAAGUUAAAAACACGACAUGAUAAUUCUUUAUCUGUCUUAACUAAAAAAUUUGUUGAACUUAUCCAAAAUUCAGAUGAUCUUACAAUCGAUUUGAAUAUGGCUGUCAACGAUUUAGGAGUUUAGAAGAGAAGAAUAUAUGAUAUAACAAAUGUCUUAGAAGGAAUAGGUUACAUUGAAAAAAUCUCAAAAAACAAAAUUAAAUGGGUUGGUACCACUGAUAAUCCAUAAUUAGAAACAGAGUUAUAAUAGAUUAAAUAAGAAUUAGAAUUACUAUAAAAUGAAGAAAAAACUUAUGAUUUUUGGAUAGAGCAUUUAUAAAAAAAUCUAUAAGAGAAGUUUCAGACAGAACCUGAUAUUGCAAAAUAUACAUUUCUAACCUAAGAAGAUUUUAAAGAGCUUUCAAAAAGUUAAUAAAUUGAUCAUAAAGGUGAAGCUCUAUUUAUUAUUACUGCUCCUAAAGGCACAAUAGUAGAAACUGUAUUGGAAAAUAAUCCUGAAUAUCCUUAUUAAGUAUACUUAAAUAGUUCGAAAGUGCAAUGUUAAAAUAAUGAAAUUCAAGUUUACAUUUGUUAAGAUGAAAAUUAUCCAAUCGAAUAUGAUAAAAAGUAGAAAUGAC